UUCACUUUAGCCCGAGUCAAGAUGACUAUCACCGUAUUCGUAUUGGGGUGUAUACUCACCUUAUUGAGUUACUGCUGUGGGACAACGAGGGCCACUACUACGGCAUCCUCCAAGGAGGAAACUGGCGGCCUAGACUUUGAUAGGUGCGGAUUCACCGCGCUAGAUCACGCAACAGCUGAUCUCGUAUUCUUUGGCAACGGACCCCUGGCCCCUAUUUCCGAGGAGGAACUGGUUGAUGAAUGCGUUAGACUACGUGCAUCCCUUCGAUCCACUAAGCGCUACGCGAACAACUGCACCAUGGGACUCGGCCAGGUUAUGUUAAAGAUGUUCGUUGAAGCCGCCCGUAAAGAACUGGAAUAUCGCUGUGAUGGCAAAGGAAAAGAGGAGUACCUCAAGUUGACCCCCUGCCUCGUCGAGAAGUCUGGUCCGGCGCUGCACAAGUGUAACGUCCGCUAUUCUGGAUACCUUCAGGCUAUUACAGAGCAAAAUAAGACAGAUCGCAUCCCGUUUGCCUGCUGCUAUCAUGCGAAAUUUGAACGCUGUGUUACUAACGUGGCUAAAAAAUGCGGAGAGGAGCACGCAAAGUUUUCAGCAAAAAUAGUUGCCAGUAUGAGCGAAGAGCUGAACGACACGGUGUGCCGUAAGUGGGUACGCAAUCCAAGCCUAUGUAGGAGUCUGCCAAAAGUCAUUCCAGUAAAGAGUCCGAGGUACAUGACAAUGCUGCCGAAUCUAAUGUCGAUCCUCGAUACAAUCUAAGGGGACUUUUUUCGCGUGCCAAUGUAUUUCGAGUUAUAUCUCUGCUUCAAACAUAAUAGGCAUAUUGUGGUUAAACUCGAUGAGCUGAGCUGUAACUGAUGAUUCACUCAAUAGACGUUAAUUUAUUGAGCAGCAAAAAGUUGGUAAAGAGUGCCGAAAAAUUGACGGAGGUAUCUGUACCCAUUCGUUAUAACGAAUGCAUAAUACAUGAAGCUGGAUGAACGAAUCUUAAUUAUAUUUUUAUUUAUGUUCAUUGACUACUGCUGCAUCUUUACAGCUUUUGUGAAGUUACCUAGCUUGUUUUAGAAUCAUGUCAAACUGUCAUGAAGGGAAUAUACCAACCGCUGAGCUAACGACUUCGUCUAUUGAAUAUGUAUCCCAUUUCAAGAGAACGUCAAAUAAAUUGAAUUUAUAGCCACUACGGUAUCUGUAAAAAAAACAGUAAUGUAUAGCUUCAUCAUUUCUUCAUUCAGCUUACGCUAUAUUUCAAAUGGGUAAAACCACUAACAGAUUGAAGAAUGCAGUAGCGAAAUCGGAAAUGGCCUUAUAUUUUAGGCCAGCGGGAUAUGAACUCGGCCUAGAGUUCAACAAUUAACAUCAAUUACUGCAGUGCCCCGGAUCCAUUUUACGACGGACGCUCCUCGUUUCAUUCUUCAAUGAACUCGUGCAGGGCGGCCGCUGCGCUCAUGCUCAUUUGCUCGUUUUCGCCAGCCUCAGGUUGGAUUUUGCAAUAUAGAGAUGUAACAAGCCUCACGCUGUCUACUUCAGUGCGCUUUCCUGAACGUAAAAAUCAGGGCGAUCAAAAUUCUAUCAGAUCCAAAAACGAACCGGCUCACUUUCAGAUAAAAAUUAAUAUUUCACCAAACUUAUACAGGGAAUGGUGGCAUCAAAUUUUUUGGAAAGAACAGCGAUUAAUAUCUUCGCUUAAGGAUGUUUGAGAACCAGCGGUAAGCAUGUGGCAGUCUAGGUUUGAAACGUCACAUUUCCAAUUUAGUACUACAUAUACAUAGCGACCUCUGUUUUGGUCAUAAUGUGUGGUUUGGUAGCGGCACGUUUCUUUUUGUGUUAGGAUGUGGCGCCCAACCAGGGAACUCCCACUUUGGUGCACUUUGGCCGGGGCCAUGUUAAACUUACGUUGAGCUGGAUCAUUACACAUUUUCAGAGACGGACGUAUUGUUGGAAAAUAUAAUAUUCGAUGUACUGUUGCCUAACAAGAAAUUUUGCGGAAUCAUUCUAAGUUUGUAAAAGGAUUUUCUGGGAAACGUGUUGAAAGCCUAUCUCCAUGCAGACCAUUAUGAAGUAGCUACAGGUAAGUCGUUAAGUCAUGAACGCGUUGUUAUAGGGUUAGGUGCCUUGUUUGUCUAAGAGCCUUCGUCACCUCAACCACAUACUUAUGGCCUUCGCGAAGUUGGCGGGCAUAGAUCUGACACUAAAGCGUCUCUUUAAUGAGCCUCCAGAUGCUGACGUAGCCAUUCUAGCAGACUGUUUCCCAGCUCUUCACUUUCAGAAGGAAAGGUCGGUCCGCUCGUGUCAGUGUUACUUUUUUCAAUGUGCCCUACACCUCAUCCAACAGACAGGCCGUGAGAUCCCUCUAUUGUGAAUCUCUGGCUAUAUUGGUUUGGACAUGAACAAAAUUGCUACGUUAUUCAGGUCUAACGUUCCGCUCAGGCGUGUAACCCGUUGAUUAAACAAAGCAAGGCUAUCGCCAUUUAAAAUACUACUUACCUUUGAGUGCUCUCUAUUCUGCCAGAAAAUGUGUCAUUGCCCUUCACUGGAAAUCAUAAAUGCUUUUGAGCCCAAACACGCUUAUCUACAUU